AUGACAGAGCGACUGGAACAGGAAGUGGUUGCAGCCGCGGCUGGCACGGACGAAAUUCGUUCACAAAAGCGACAGCUCGACCCCGAGUCCACCACCACUGGCGCCGCCCCGGUCACAAACGAGGACGUUGUCACAGAUGAAGCAGGCGCCAAACGCGCGCGUUUUGACGACAGCGUCACUCGCAACAAGGACGGCAAGAAGAAGUGGGAGCGAAGAGACCGUCGUGGAACCGGUCGCUCUGAGGAGAAUACCGCCUCGGAUCCUUCCUCCUCCAGCUCCUCCGCGGACCGCCUCCCCAAACGCAAGGUCGCCGUCAAGUUCGGCUACUGCGGCAUCGGCUACUCUGGUCUUCAGAUCAACCCAGGCGUCAAGACCAUCGAGGGCGACAUCUUCGAAGCUUUCUGCACUGCCGGUGCAGUUUCGGCAGACAAUGCCGUCAACCCCAACAAGGUUGGUCUUCAACGUGCAGCUCGUACCGACCGCGGCGUGCAUGCUGCGGGCAACCUACUUAGCUUGAAGCUCAUCUUGCAGCCAGAGGGCUUGAAGGAGGGAGAAACACUCGUCGACAAGGUCAACAGCUUGCUACCUGAGUUCAUCAGGAUAUGGGGGAUCACUCGCGUGCAGAACGGCUUCAACGCGCGGCAGAGUUGUGACAGCAGGAUGUACGAGUACCUCCUACCCACCUACGUCUUCAUCCCGCCCAAGCCAGGAAGCACCAUGCACGACAUGCUCCUCCGCAUGCGCACCGAAGAGCUUGCCAAGGAGGGCUCAGAUGGCAAGUCGAAGCUGGACGACAUUGUCGAGCACCCCUUCUGGGCCGAGCAGGGCACCUCGCACGACUUUUCCACCGACAUUGCUGCCAAGAAGAAGUAUCGCCUGCCUCCAGCAGCGCUCCAGCGCAUUCGCAGCAUCUUCGCCCACUACUCUGGCUCGCACAACUUCCACAACUUUACCGUCGGCAAGGAGUUCCGCGAUCGCUCGUGCCACCGCUUCAUGAAGCAGCUCACCAUCUCGGACCCCAAGAUGAUCCAGGACGCCGAGUGGGUGAGCAUCAAGUUCCACGGUCAGAGCUUCAUGCUGCAUCAGAUUCGCAAAAUGAUCGGCCUGCUGGUUUUGGUAGGCAGGACAGGCGCUGGAGAGGGGUUGGUGGACGAGUGCUUCGGUCCUGCGCGCGUGCAUAUCCCCAAAGCACCAGGUCUGGGCCUGCUUUUGGAGCGUCCCAUCUUUGAUGCCUACAACACGAGGAUCCGCAACAACAACGACAAGAUCUCGAGGCUCAUGCGCAAAAAGUCGCAAUCCAAGUCAGAGGCAGAGACGGAAGCGCCGCCCACCGAGUCGAAAUCGGACCAGUCGGAAGCGGGCAAAGCCUCGUCGCUGCAAGAUGAGCUGCGCGAGUUCAUCUCGUACAACUCGCAUACGUCGGCGAUGGAGACGUUCAAGCAGCAGUGGAUCUACGACCGCAUCAUCGCCACCGAGCACGAGACCAACGAGUUUGGCAAGUGGUUGAACUACCUCGAUGUCUUCCAGGGUCCCGACUUUGAGUUCUUGAACCCCAAAGGCGUGAUUCCCCCGGAAGCGAUCGUGAAGGUCGGCGAGUUUCACAGGGAUCAGUUGCGCAGGAAGAAGGAGGCCCAAGACAAGGAUGCUGCCGGAGAGAAUGGCGCGGAAGACGAAGAGGAGGAGGACAGCGAGGCGUACGGCAUGAAGGGUGCACAGCUCGAUGAGUACGAGGGAUGA